AUGAAGUAUAGUAUCACUGUUUUACUUAGCGUGGCCUUGGCCAGCCUUAGCACAGCUUGCUCAACGCCGGGAAACUUCAUUAUCACCUUCUACGGCUACCCAGACAAUUCUCCUCCUGGUCCCGAUACCGCCCAUAAUUGUGGAGGCCGAAACUACAAGGCUGGAGGCUCCGGCACCUAUAAUAACCCAGUCACGAUCGCCACUGCGCCUGGCGAGCUCAACGUCUGCGAGAUUGUCUAUCUUCCGCUUCUCACCAAGUACGGCCGUUACGAGGACGACUGUGCCCAGUGCACAACCGACUAUAAGAACGGCCAACAUCAUAUCGAUAUCUGGACCGGGUCAUCUACCACCAACGGCGGCCAGAAGCAGAUCAACUGUGAAGACGACCUCACCCCAGGUGGUCGCUAUUCUAUCGUGCGCAAUCCGCCGACGAAUUACACUGUCAACGCUGCUCCUCUGUUUGUGGCCCCCAACACCUGCAAUUCUCAGAACGUCCACCCCAACAACCGAGCCCAUUGCUAG